CGGGACUCAGUAUGUUAGAGGGUCGAAUGAUGGUUGACGUUCGUCACUUCAUGGUGCAAUGCCGUCUUCUGGAGAGACACAGGUGUCCCAUUUCAUCUUCAGGAACAUAUUUUCUGGAAAGUGUCAACAGGUACGGUCUGCUGACAAAUUUUAAAUUUAAGUGCACUCACUGCAAUCAAGAGCAGCAGUUCAAAUCUGAGCCUGUGGAAUGCCUUCCAGUGGGAAGAAAAAGAAAAUGCAAAAUCGAUACCAACUUAGAUAUCAACGAUAAGAUUGUUUGGGGCGCAAUUUCGGUUGGUCUAGGCUACGGACCAUUGUAUGAACUAUUGUCACUAAUUGAUAUGCAUCCUAUGAGCCCGGGUUGCUUUUCUUAUCACGAGAACAGAAUCGGAGAGCACUGGAAGGCAAUGUUGCAGAAGGAAAUGGAAGAUGCUGCACUGGAAGAGUUCUCUAUGGCGAAAGAUGAUGGACGCAUCUGUAUGGUUGGAAAUGAGGAAUAUGCUUGGACCAUAGGAAUUUUGGAUGGAGGUUGGAGCCAAAGAUCCUAUGGUCAUAGGUAUUCUGCUAAGUCUGGAUGUGCUAUAAUAAUUGGCUUCUACACUAAGAAAUUGUUAUUCCUUGGUGUGAGAAACAAAUAUUGUACCGCAUGCAUUCGGAGCGAACGGAUGGAAAAGGAACCCACGCCUCACCUGUGUUUCCGGAACUGGACUGAUUCUUCCACUGCAAUGGAGGCAGACAUUAUAGUGGAAGGUUUCCGGUUCUGUGAAGCCAAGUACAAACUUCAAUUUAAGAAGUUUGUUGGUGAUGGGGAUUCAAGUGUGCAUGCAGCCAUAGUUGCAAAUGUUUCGUACGGAAGAGAUGUUGAAAAGAUUGAAUGUGCUAACCAUGUCGUGAAGAAUCUCAAAAAGAAUCUUUAUGCCAUAGCCAAGGGCAUCCAUAUGCGGCAUCUCAGCCAGUCGAAAAUCAAAGCCCUCUGUCGCUGUGCAAGAGGUUGUAUCAGCAACUGUGGGGGUGAUGCUAUGCUACUUCAAUCAACACUUCUAAAUGUGCCCAACCAUGUGUUUGGAGACCAUAAGUUAUGCAAUUUAGAUGUGUGUGAGAGAGCUGGUAAAACAGCAAAUCCCUGCAGUUAUGACGCAUUGCCUCGUGAAUUGAUUGUGGGAAUCAAACAAGCUUUUGACCGAGUGAGAGCAAAGUCACAAGCACUUGUAAUGGAUCUCACAACCAACCAAGCAGAAAUGUACAUGUCAUUAGUUGCAAGGAUGGCUGGCGGUAAGCAGAUAAACCGUUCACAGCAGGGGUCUUACAGCCGUAGGGCUACUGCUGCUGGUUUGUCUUUCCAACUUCGCUACAAAUGGCAUGGACAAACUAUGAAGGCGAUCACAGGUCACAGCCCUGGAGUGACUGUGAAGCGAUUAAUGGCAAAAAGACAGAAACAGCAGGCGAACUGUAGGCGAAGGUUGGAUAUGAAUCCGCAUGUACCACGGAAAUCGGAAUCAUUUAAACCACAGGGUGAUAAGAGCUAUGGUCCUCAUGCAACUCAGCCUCCAGCUUCUGGUCUUGAACUAGAAAUUCUGACUGAGUCUGUGAUGAGAAGCAUAGAGCUUACAGUGCAAGAAAGGAAUGAUCUGGAGGUGCAGACACGAGAUCAAGGAAGCAGUCAGUUGUGGAUGAAGGAGCGGAGAAAACGAGUCACUGCUUCCUUUUUCGGACGUGUCUGUAAAAUGAGGGAAAAUACUUCGUGUAAAGUGACAGUGGAAGCGAUUGUGUACAGUCGUGUAUUGGAGAAUGCUGCCACAAUACAUGGUCUAGCAAACGAGCGCAUAGCUGUCGCUUUAUACGAAGAACAAACAGGCCAUACUGUUAAACAAUGUGGUCUCUUCGUUGACCUUCAGCAUUGCUUUCUUGCAGCUUCUCCUGAUGGUUUAGUUGAUGAAGAUGGUUUGGUGGAGGUGAAAUGUCCAUACUCUGCAAGGGAACUUAACCCUUUAGAUGCAGCAAUGCAGCUGAAAACGUUCUUUUGCAGAGUUGUCGACGGCGAGCUUUGCUUGAAUCGCUCUCACAAUUACUACUAUCAAGUGCAAGGGCAAUUACACAUCACACGAAGAAAGUGGUGUGAUUUUGUCGUUUGGACAACGAAAGGCAUUUCAAUAGAAAGAAUUGUGAGAGAUGAUUGUUUCUGGCUUGAGAAAAUGGAGUCAAAAUUGUUGCGAUUUUUUAACAACUGCUUGUUGCCAGAGCUUGCUGAUCCAUGUCGUCCCAGGGGACAACCGAUUCGUGAGCCAGAAUAUAUUAUACAGGCACAAGAAAGUCGUUCAAAGAAACGCAAAAUUUCAGAUGUGUGAAUUUUGAGAGACAGAAAUUGUGUGGCUGACGAGAACUCUUUUUUUUAAUUUGAUACAGUGAUGCUUUAUAUCUGAUAAAAAAAUUCUAAUUAUUGUUUACUUCUCAUGCUUGUACAAAUUGAACAGUACUGUAAAUGUAUUUGAUGACAUAAGCAAUAGUAAGUUAUUAGCUGAUAUUGAAUACAAACAUUUUUUUUUCAUGACUACAAAAAAUAAGGUUCUCUGGUUGGCGAGUGAUUAUAUUAUACUAAUGUCAAAAA